UUCACUAUUCCAAUCGCAGGCUUCUAUCUGCCAUUGCGAUUCGCAAUCAUUGCAGCCCGGCGUUGAUACCCAACCCCGAAGCCAGCGCCUAGAUUCAGUGGGCAAUGGUCAUUGGGCCUCCAAUAAAUUAGGUUUCCAUUCAAUAUCCACUGGGCGCAUCACGAGGGCACCACAACUAAAGCGCUGACACUUGGCCGCUGUUUGUACUCAACCUCUAUAUAUCAAUUUACAGUGACUCAGUUUCCCUAAAUCAAAUCAGCAUGGCUAAUACUUUGCACGCCUCAACAGUUCCUUGUCCUCUCAACAUAUCUGGUAUCAUCGUCGAUUCCAGGAAGUCGAAACUGGAUAUAGAGUCUGCUCAAGUAUGGAUUGGCGAGUCGCGUGUGCCAAUUGAACGCAAAGGAAGAAAGAGUUUACGACGGACAUUUUCUCCACCCAUGGUGCUUUCUCAUGGGGAUACAUUUUCCUUACAUAUGGAUUGCCUUGACAAGCCAUGGUUUAACACAAAGACCGAAGAUUGUAUUUUCAACCCAGAAGAUAUGUUCCACGUGUAUAGUGCAAGCAAAGGACACGAAUAUACCACACAUCAUAACAAAAUCAGAAUCGUCGUCUACUUUUCUAGGAAUCCAAUAACUAUUCCUCGGUUCCGAAUUCUAGUGAUAGGAAAGGUAUUGGGCGUUUUUCGAUCUCAGGCCAGUGUUGACGCCGUGCUUUUAAUAGACUGACGUCAGCAAGUCAUCACUAAUCAGCCACGUAUUUGCAGUGGAAUAAAUGGUGGGUUGAAUGCGACGCUUCAACGAACACAGCUACUUAUAUGAUCAAUAGAUCGAUUUGCGCGGGGCCA